AUGGAGAGGAGGACGGAGGAGACAAGGGCGGAGGAGACAAAGGAGGGCGAAGAAGCAGAUGAGCAGGAGCUAGAGCUCACCUGUUAUGUUGGAGUGUUAGAGGAAGAUAAAAGAUGGAUCAGGGGGAAACUGUCAGCUGCCCAGCUUCAUAUGGCGGGCUGGGUGGGCAGCAUGCGACAUUCCUUGCAAGGAGCUCUGGAGCUGGUGUGGGGCGCUGCUAGAGAUAAAGAGGAGGAUGAAGAGGAGGAUAAAGAUGAGACGGAGGAGGAAGGAGGUAGAGAUCAAGGAGAAGGAGAAGGAGAAGGACGGUUUCAGAGAGCCGUGUCACCGCUUCGUAGCUUCGCCAGACGUAGCAGGAGAUCCCUGCGUCGCUUCUCCGUCAGAAGUCGGGAGACUCUGCAGAGGAGGGCCACUGACACCUGCUCUGCACAGGUUAACAGUUAUGGCACAGCAGAUGAGGACAAAGACACUGAUGCUUUGAUUGACCAUGAACCCAUCCAGCAGGAUGAGGCCUGUGAGCAGCCGUCUGAAACUUACAGUCCACAGCUCAUUCAUGAAGAAGAAGAAGAAGAAGAAGAAGAAGAAGAGCCUGAAGUCGCCCCUGAAGACACUGAUACCACUAAUGUUCACCAAGAAGAAGAGCCAGCUCCAUUCCCUGAGAGCUCCGUUCCUCUCCUCGACUCCCGCCUGCAGAGAUCGAAGGCUGACCUGAGCAAGAGGAGAAUUCGAUCACGUCCGUCACGAGUGUUCCGUGCAGGUUUAUCCACAGCAGAAAGCCCAGACUGGAGGACCCGUGACUGCACAGAUGAAAAGGAGACAAAGCGAAAGGAUCCAGACUCAGAGGAGGAGCAGCCCAUCAAGAAAGUCAGCACUUCUUCUCCCGCCACUCAGAGAGUGCCCAUGUUCCCUGGUUUAAGCCCUUCAGCCCUAUUAGCUCAGCUAAAAAGGAGAACGGGAGGAGGAGGAACUGGGGGAGGAGAAGAAACAGAGAAAGAUAAGGGAAGACAAGAGAUGGAAAUCCAAAAAGAGGAAGAGGCAGCACCAUCUCCCUCACUGCUGUCCCGCUCUCCUCGCACUGCCUCUCAACUUGCGGGGGCUGCUCGAGUGCUGCCACCCUUAGGCGGCGUGGACAAAGGGGUCGUCGCCUCUCCUGCCUGGCUGAAGGAACUCAAGUCUAAGAAGCGUGUGAGUCAGCAUGAAGGGGAGGCAUAGCCAGUGACAGGAGACACUGUCUGGACUGCUGCUGACAGAGACACUGCCAUGAUUGCUCCAUUUUGCACUCUGAGUGCCUUAUUUUGGACCUUUACUGAGAUACACAGGAGGGAAAAAUCAGACUUUUGCUGAAGAGGCCAUCAAGAACUUUUCUAUCUUGUUGAUGAGAUAAUUGUGCCAAGACUGUGAUGUUUUUAAUGCCAAGUUCAAUUUUUGUAUCUUCUGUUGUACAAAUGCUCAAUGGAGGGGUAAAAUACCAAUGUAAUUAGAGCAGAGCAAUGGAUUGUGGUAUUGUAUGAAUGUACAAAUCCAUCAUAUACAGACAGGGACUAAUGACACUAGGCCUUCAGCAAUACUAACAUCACACAUAAAAUAACAUGUACAUAUUUCACUGAAUAUGAAUAAUGCAUUGCACCUUUGUGUACUUGUAAUUGUACAAAAUGUUAUAACAUUAUCUUUCUAAUCACCGAACAUCCCAAGUAAACCUCGAAGCACUUUAAGAAAUGUAUAGUAUAUGACCGUCCAUACAGUACGUCUAAACAAUAGAAUCAAGUGCCUAACUGUUGUAACAGAAUCAAGGGAAUUUCUCCUCUUAAACCUUUAAUAUCUGUCUCUGCAAAACUUCAAGAUGCACUUCCUGGUUUAUAAAAACACCCAGUAGCAGAGCAUCAACAGUGAGGUGGGAGGACACUUUUGGGCAUGCUGUAACACAUGCAGGAAGUGUGUUUUGAAGAAUGUUUCACCAAGCAAAAUGUUUUAAUCUGCUCUAGACUCUUUUAUGUGACUUUUUUACGGUAAAGAAUGCCAUAUCAAUAAUGCUGUAAUCAUUUAUGAUCAAUAUACUGUAUGACAAGAGGAAAUUGAGGGAAUUUUAUUAAACUUUUUUUCUAUGAAAUGCAA